AACAUAAUCCAACGUGAACCAGUCUUCUAUUAGUAAGCAAAAUGUCGACACCAACAGUCGCCACAGACACUGUGGAUAGUGUUCGAGAAAAAGGUCUUGCAGACUAUCGCAAGAAACUUUUAGAACACAAAGAACUUGAAGCAAGGCUCAAAGAGAUGCGUGAAAACUUGAAAGAACUCACAAAGCAAUAUGAAAAAUCUGAAAAUGAUCUCAAAGCUUUACAAAGUGUUGGUCAGAUCGUUGGAGAAGUUCUUAAGCAGCUGACAGAAGAAAAGUUUAUUGUGAAAGCAACAAAUGGGCCCCGCUAUGUUGUAGGAUGUCGGCGACAGCUUGAUAAAGCCAAGUUGAAACCAGGGACCCGCGUGGCUCUAGACAUGACAACUCUUACAAUCAUGAGGUACCUACCUCGUGAAGUGGAUCCACUUGUGUAUAACAUGUCAGUGGAGGAUCCAGGGGAGAUCAGCUACAACAUGAUAGGUGGUCUCGGUGAACAGAUUCGAGAACUCCGAGAGGUUAUAGAGCUGCCACUUUUGAACCCAGAGCUGUUUAUACGGGUGGGCAUCACGCCACCAAAAGGCUGUCUCCUGUAUGGACCGCCCGGAACAGGAAAAACAUUGCUAGCUCGAGCUGUGGCCAGUCAGCUGGACUGUAAUUAUUUGAAAGUGGUUUCGAGUGCCAUUGUUGACAAAUACAUUGGAGAGAGUGCCAGGUUGAUCAGAGAAAUGUUCGCCUUUGCUAGAGACCAUGCUCCCUGUAUUAUAUUCAUGGACGAGAUUGAUGCCAUUGGUGGCAGGAGGUUUUCUGAGGGAACUUCAGCAGAUAGAGAGAUCCAGAGAACAUUAAUGGAAUUGCUGAACCAAAUGGAUGGCUUUGAUGCUCUAGGACAAGUGAAGAUCAUUAUGGCCACCAACCGACCUGACACCCUUGAUCCCGCUCUGCUGCGACCAGGCAGACUGGACAGAAAAAUAGAAAUUCCAUUACCAAACGAACAAGCCAGAUUGGAAAUCUUGAAGAUUCAUGCUUCACCUAUAGCCAAGCAUGGAGAAAUUGACUGGGAGGCUGUAGUAAAACUUUCUGAAGACUUUAAUGGUGCUGAUCUGAGGAACACGUGUACAGAAGCAGGAAUGUUUGCCAUCAGGGCAGAGCGUGACUAUGUGAUUGAAGAGGACUUCAUGAAGGCUGUUCGUAAAGUUUCUGACAAUAAGAAACUGGAAUCAAAGCUGGACUACAAACCUUUGUGAUCUUGAUCUUGUUGUAUGUUGACAUUCAUUACUCUCAUGAAACACUUUAGUGUUCAUAUUCGAAAUAAAAUGCUGAAAGUGG